AAACAUAAAAUAUCAAUGUACAUGCACGAAAACAAGUGUAAUUGGUAGAAUUUUCAAGGUUAUCUGUUAAAUUUAGUGCAAGUUGAAUAUCAAAGUCACUUUUAUAACGUUGGAGUAAUAACACAAGAAUGUCUUCUUCAUGGUGGAAUCUAGACGUACCACUCUUAGAAGAGCCCGACCCCUAUUACGAUGACGGGAUCCGGGAAAUUCAUGAGCACACUCCCAGGAUUGUCACCAGGGACGACUGGGACGCCGACGAUGUGGAGUCGGAGGACGAGGAACGCCUUGAAGACAUCGAUGACUUCCCCAUCCCCUACAUAGUGGCGAUGCACACGAGAACCCGACCUUGCACGGACAAAGACGACUGUAAACGAGCCGUCAAGGAAAUCCAACAGAAGCACUUGGCGGCCGGGGAGCCAGACAUACUUUAUAAUUUCCUGAUAGACCAAGAGGGAUUCAUCUUCAUAGGGAGAGGACCAGCAAUCCAUGGGAUAACCUUUCCAGAGGAUGAUGACAAGUUAAAGAAAGCUAAUAGGAAAUGCAUUGUUAUUGGCUACAUAGGGAAUGGUGGUAUUGAACCUCCAGACCUGUUGGUAGAAGGCAGUGCAAGCUUAUUAGCACUUUUGAUGGACGGUAAAUACAUUGACGAGGACGUCCAAUAUCUCUGGUAUCACCAUCCGGUCAAAGGCCUUCCACCUGAAGAUGAUGAGGACAGGAAGAAAACCGACCUUGAUGACAUGAUGGAAGCGUAUCACAUGGACUAUGCAAGGGGCAUGUUCAGCCCAUCAGCCAGAGCGUUUGAUGCCGACGAAAACCUUUAACUGUGGUA